CGUAACAUUUUUUUCUUGCAUUUCCAUGAAGGGAAAUACGUAUUACGAAAGUGGGAAAUUUUAUGACCAGCGUAUGUUUCCAAACCUGCUUGUUGCCUCUACAUUCGAAAUUGAGAACAGAAGGCUGGAGGUGGUUUUAUUUUUCACUCUUACGUUAAAACGGAGGGGACCAACAUGCCUGUCAGAAAAACUGCAACAAAACGGAAAAGCACAGCCAGGAUUAUUACUGCUGGCCUUCCCACUAAAACUUCAAGGAAGUCACGCUUACUCCUUCCAAGUCCAGAAUCCCUUGAUGAUAAGGAGACUGGCCUUGUAUUCACAUUUGGCCAGGGUGAUGUUGGCCAACUGGGCCUUGGGGAGGAUGUCCUUGAACGAACUAAUCCAGCUAUGGUAAAAAAUCUUGAAAAUGUAGUGGAUAUUUGUGCAGGUGGUAUGCACACAGUUUGUCUCACGAAGACUGGAGAGGUUAUCACAUUUGGUUGUAAUGAUGAAGGUGCAUUAGGCAGGGACACAAGCAAUGGUAACUCAGAAACAGAACCAGGAAAAGUGGAGAUUGACGGUACUGUUGUUCAGAUAACAGCAGGAGAUUCUCACACAGCUGCUCUGACAGAGAAGGGGCAAGUUUUUGCCUGGGGAUCAUUUAGAGAUUCCAGUGGUUCAAUGGGGCUCAUGAAAGCAGGUGUUGCUGAGCAGAAACCAGUUGAAAUUCUCCCCGGAUUGAUGACUGUGAAAAUUGCAUCUGGAGCUGAUCAUCUAGUCAUGCUUGCUAAUGACGGGCAUAUUUACACAUGUGGAUGUGGUGAACAAGGACAGUUAGGUCGAGUAUCAGAACGUGCUGCAAAUCGUAGUUGCAGACAAGGAUUAGGGCAUUUAUUGGUACCUGCACCAGUGCCUAUUAAUCCCAGGUCGAAACUUGGCUUUGAAGAUAUCUGGGCUGGAACUUGGUGUACAUAUGCCAAAGCUCAGAACCAUAUUUAUGUAUUUGGACUAAAUAACUACAGCCAGUUAGGUGUAGAGAAUCAAGUGUGCCACUUUCAUCCAGUGAUAUCACCCUCAUUUUCGGAAAAAUUAUGGUCACAGAUAUGUGGAGGGCAACACCAUACAUUGGCUCGUGAUAAUGAAGGUGGUGUUUAUGUCAUUGGUCGUAAAGAUUAUGGGCGCCUUGGAUUAGGCAAAGACUGUGAAGACAUCACUACACCUACUGCUAUACCAAAACUUAUUGGGAUGAAAUGUACUGAUAUUGCAUGUGGUGCAGCAGUGUCAUUUGCUGUAAAUGAUAAAGGAGAAGUUUACGGGUGGGGAAUGGCAACAAAUGGACAGCUUGGAAAAAGUGGUGAUGGAGAUGAUGAGAGUGAUGUGUAUGAGCCACGACAAAUCAAAGGAAAGCAGUUACUGUCACAUGUGGUGUUGAAAGUGUCAGCUGGUGGACAGCAUACUGUGUUGCUUGCUAAAAGUGCUAAAGUGACAGAGGAAAAAUAGUGCAGUUAGCAGUUUUGAAAUUGUAUCAACUUUGUACCAAAUUUGUGUAUAGGGAAAAGUGUUUUUUGGCUGUAAUUAAUAACUAAAAGUCCAGUUCAGUGUUCUUCUCCCCCCCCCCCACCCCCCCCCCCCACCCCCAUCCCCACAUGUUUUCUAACUCCUUUGACUACAUGCAAAGUUUACAUGGUUUGACAUUGGCACAAUACUAAAGGAAAAGGAGGAAAGCAGAUGAUACGGAAGUUUUGUAAAACAUGCUUGUGUUCAAAAGUGAAGAUGAUUUUUCAUUUUAAGAACUCAGAUUUUUUAUGUUGUAAAUAUUAAAGUCCAUUACUUGAAUAUAUGUGUUAAUGACUUCAGUCUUUUAUUUAUGAUCACACAUUUUGAUCUGUAAAAUUAUACUGAUUGAAACUGUUUUAUGUACUCUACUUUGCCACAUACAAUGGUCACCACAGUAAUGGUUAUGUUUGAUAAAAUAUAAUCGCUGUACAGUAA